AUGAGCGACGAGCAUCAACAACAACAACAACAGAAUCAUAACGAACAUAUGAGUGAAGAACAUCAACAUCAACAUCAACAAGCACAACAAGAGAAUGAAAAUGAACAAGUACAUAAAGAUGAUGAUACUUCAUCACCUGUAGCUACAGAACCAAUAAUAGAGAUAAAGGAUAAAGAUGAGUUGUUGACGGAGGAUGGCAAAGAGAAGAGAUUAUGCAAACAUAGAGGAUCAUGUCUACACAGUUGUCUUAGGAUUUGGAUGAGAGGAUUACUCAUUGGUUAUGGAAUGAGAGCAACACUUGCACUAUUAUCAGCAUUGUUUGUUAGAAGAUUAUAUAAAAACCCAAGGAAAUUGAUCAAUCAAUCCUUAUUGCACAAGGAACCUAUUGGAUUCGGAUUGUUUGUUGCGUUCUAUACUGGUGGAUUCAGAGCAAUCAAUUGUUUCCUGAGGAAUGUCAGGGGAAAGGAAGAUGGCUGGAACAGUGCCAUCGCCGGUUUCUUUGCCGGCUCUGCCAUGAUGUUCUCAAAGAGCACAGAGAUGGCACUUUAUCUCUUUGCCAGAGCACUAGAGAGUUUGUUCAACGCUGCUCACAAGAGAGGAUAUGUUGGAUCAUGGAAGCAUGGCGAUUCUGCUUUGUUCUGUUUCAGCACAACGAUGAUGUUCUAUGCUUUUGUCUGGGAGCCAAAGACUUUGCGUCCAUCUUAUUGGAAGUUCUUGACAAAGGUUGCUGGAAAGGGCUUGGACCUGGCAACAACUACCGCCAAGAUGAGAGAGAUGUACUAUGUCUCAAGAGGACUACCAGUUCCAAUCGAUCUAUAA